AUGGAGAUACUUCAGCCGCAGAGUGUUUUAGUGACAGGAUCCGAUCGAGGGAUAGGACUGGGGCUAGUCAAUCAGUUCUUAGAGAAACCAAAUCCACCAGAGUGGGUGUUUGCCACCAGUAUGAAUCUUGAAGGAUAUCAUGGAAAGGAGUUAAAGAAUUUGGCUUUGCUUCAUCCAAACCUGGUAGUGCUGCAGUUGGAUAUCAGAGAUCUGAAGAGCAUAGAGGCUGCUGUGCAGAGAGUUAAGGAACAUGUCAAAGGAAAUGGGCUGACGGUGCUAAUCAACAAUGCUGGCAUUUUGGUCAAAUUCACCUGUCUGGCCAAUGAAACACCAGAGCAAAUGGCUUCUCUGUAUCACACUAACACCAUUGGAACCUUGCAAGUCAGUCAGGCUUUCCUGCCCUUGCUGAAGGUCGCUGCCCAGGCAAGCCCCAAGAAAGGGCUGAGCUGCAGUAAGGCGGCCAUCAUCAAUAUCUCCAGUGACUUCUCCUCUAUGGAAGAAAUGUCUGGAUGGUGGCUCUCCCAAGUCAUCUCUUACCGUUGCAGCAAGACUGCAGGGAACAUGUUAACUAGAUGCCAGUCCUUGGAGUACAAGCAAUUUGGGAUUCUUUCCCUUGCCAUCCAUCCUGGCUGGGUGAAAACUGCCAUGGGGACGUGCCUGGUCCCGACUACGGUGAAGGAGAGCACCAGCGGGAUUUUGAAAGUGCUUUCCAGAGUCACUGAGAAAGACACCGGGUCUUUUCUUGACUGGGAAGGAAAUGUUGUCCCUUGGUGA